CCAAGUUUCUGAUAAAUACAAGAAGUAUGACAACAAACUUAUAUUUCAAUCACCAUGAAAUCUUGUGUACUUCCAGUAAAUAUAAAUCCACGGACUUCGAGUAAAAUUUGGUCUUAAAAGGGUAUACAUUAAUGAAACGUAUUGCAACUUUCCGUCAAGGACAAAAUACUCGGGGGUGUGACGUUUUGUCACACUGCACGGAUCCUCAAAACUACAAACAUCGAAAACAACAGAAUACCAUUACCGAAAAUGACAGUCAUUUUGAAAGUGACUGAAAACCAUCUCUGAAAAUGACUGUUGCCCAGAACUCCAGACGAGACCUGUUUAGAGAGGAAAUGGGAAAACGAAAACGAAUACGAAAACCUAUUGUGGCUCCCGACUGUGCAGGGAAAUGACGACCGGGUUGUGAUAGUUGAGCAGAAUACGACUGACGAGAAAAUGUUUGGUCAGGCUUCAUGGAUUGCUGGAGUGUUGCAGGCACUGGUACUUACACUGAUGCCUCUUGCAUCUCCUGUGCUGAGACAAGAAGAUGAAAAUCUUUGGAGGUAUUAUGCUGCAGUUAUGCGAGUCAUGCGUAAGGUUGUCCAUCUAGUGUUCACACUUCUUCGUCCAGCAAAUAACCAAACACCAAAAGAACUCUUGCUUGCUCUUCCAAACUUUUCUAUUGCUCAGUAUAACAGGCUUGGGGAAGCUGUGAGACAUAAACUGGACAACAAUCACCCUACUGAGGAAUAUGAUAUUACAUUGCUCUAUAUGUUGCUUCAGAAAGUGUGUGGCCUUUCAAACCAGUGGUCAACACCUGGAACACUGGAGAAUAGUCUUAAAAUAAUGAAGGACAAGCGGAAUGAACUAGCUCAUGAAGAUCUUAGUUUGACUAGCCAAGAUCUAGAAAGCCGCAUAGUAUUACUGAAGAACCUUUGUCAGCAGGCCCUAUUGAUGACUAGUCAGCAGACUGGAUGUCCACUUGAUAAUGAAAUAAGAGAGAUGGAUGAAGGAAUGGAAAAAGCAUUAAGAGCAGGGGUGCAUAUGUGGGAACCAUACAGACUGGGCCUUACUGAUCUUAGGCAACAAAAGUCCAAUAUUAUGAUAAGAGAAGGCAAAAAAGAAGUCAGAAAUCUUUCACAGAGGCUUCAUAUCCUCAAUCCAUUUGCAUGGCUAUUAGAAAGAGAAUUUUCUCAACAUACGGUAAGUGAUGUAUUUACAGAGUUGACUCUCAGGAGCCAAGAGAUAGUGGAGAUGAAAAACUUGUUAGUUACAGAAUUACCUUCAGGAGGAUUUCCUGAAACUAUCAUAAUAUGUGGCUCACCAGGUAUUGGGAAAACCAGCUUCAUGAGGUUUAUUUUACAUGACUGGCUCUCGGGUGCCCCUAAACUCCAAGGUCUUAAUGCCUUUGAUCUACUAUUACUUGUAGAGGCUCGACAUGUCAUGAGUAAUAAUGUGUGUCAGUUGCUGAGGCACGAGUUGCUGCCACAAACCUGCAAACUUCUAGAAGAUGAUGAUGUUGUGUCAACACUGCAAGAAUUGUCUGUGCUGUGGCUUUUAGAUGGUUAUGAUGAGGCAUCAGUAAAUACUAAGCAAGUCAUAAAGGAAAUUAUAAGGAAAUUUUCAUGCUCCAAGAUAAUGAUUUCCACAAGAACUGAAUGUACAAAGGAAGUUGAAAUGGCUAUCAGUGAUUUUCAUCUAAGUCACAUAGUGUUUCAGGUUGUUGGGUUUUCCACAAACAACAUUAAGGCAUGUGCUAAGAAACUUUUGGAUAUAUAUAUAACCAGAGAAGAUAUGCAGAAAGAAAAUCUAGAAUUGUUUUUGGGUUUUCUAGAGAGACAAAAUUUUGAAAUGCAAGGUAUUUUCAGGGUUCCAUUAUUCCUAACAAUUUUAGCAUUAUUAUGGAUUGACAAUGCUUCUGAAAUAUCAAAGGCUACAACUUCUACAAAGAUCUUGAUGGUUCUUGUGGAUCAUAUUGUCAAGAAAAUGAUCACCAGACAAUCAUUUAAGAGAUCAGGUCUAAGUGACAGAAAUCUGAAAAGGAGAGUUGAAUCAUUCCUUGAUGAUUUAGGAUAUGCAUUGUUAAAUGAAAUGAAUUUUGAUGCCAACAAUGAAUCAGUUGACCGGCUAGAGGAAAGAUGUGAAGAACUUGGACUACCCUUUGAAGAGACUAUGUCACCAUUUUUCACUUUUAUAGUAGAAUCAUCUGCAAGUAGAACAAGGGAAUCUUACUUCAUAAACCACAGGACACUGGGGGAAUUCCUCAUUGCAAGAGUGUUUUGUAGAAAGAUGAUAUCAGAGGACUGGGAUAUAUUUACUACAGCUGAGGAAUUCGAAAGAAUAAAAUAUAUACACAUCCAAAAACAAAAAGAGCCAUAUGUAUCCCGUAUAAGGGAGUUGUAUGAAAGACAUGAACCUAAUCUCACUGUGCAUAAUCUAGUUGAUGAUAAUGAGGAAUGUUAUGAAAGUGAUGAUAUGAAAGAUAAUGUUUAUGGUUAUGAUAGGGUAUUUACCACUAUCAGUUUUUCUGAAUCUCAACUAGAUGCUUUACGAGACUAUUGUUCAAGGUUAGUUUGUUUGGUCUUGAGGCCACAGAUAUCCAUGUGUGGUCAAUUUGUCUCGGGCUAUUUGAAAAUUAAAAAUAAAAUCACCCCUAAGAGAGCAGAACAAAUAUACUAUAUUUACAGCAUACUAGAUACUAAUGCAGAAGUAUGGCUUCAACUAAUUACAGAAAUGGAAGAAGAUGAAAUAUUCGUUAAACAAUGCUUACCUUAUCUCAGGAUUUUCCAAUGGAAUGUUGAUCUCCAAAUCCAAGCUGACCAAAAGUUACUAAAGUAUGCCACACCACAGAGUGUUUUAUUACAGUCUUCAAAUGACUGGGAGCUUAGGCAUAUGCAAGAGUAUGUGCAUAUAUUUUCCAAGGUACCAGCAGAUAUUAACAUCCACUUUCGUGACCUCUAUUACCACAAAGAACAAAAUACUGCAGAUGUGUUACAGUGUCUGAAAAUUAUUUUUGCAGAAUGUGCAAGGUGUCACCUUACCACACUUUGUUGUCCAGUGGAUAAUGCAUGUGUGAAUAUCCUCAAGAAGGCUUGUUACCUCCAGGAAUUACUUGUAAAGGUCAAUACACUCCAGGAUGCGAAAGAUCUUGCAAAAGUCACAUGUGAACUGCCGCAACUAAAAUAUCUGGAAGUUGUAUUUGAUCCAGUUAUAAUGAGUGCAGAGCCAGAGACUUUGCCAACUUUUAAUGUGUUCCAGAGAGAAUCAAAACUAAAUAACUGUAGAAAACAAAAAAUGUCAGGGCUUGAAAGAAUGCUGAAUUUUGAGCUUUUGCAAUUUUUAUCUUCUAAGUGGAAACUUCCAACAGGCCAUUGCAAUUAUUUUUGUGUUCAAAGAGAAGGUAGUUCAAGAAACUGUAUCAGAUGUCAUCACAGUCCACACAGUCUUUUUAAUACAUACAACCAUUUUCAUGCAAUAAAGUGGCAUUGUAGCUCCAUAAAAGUUUUGAAAAAGUUGUAUUUUAUUUUAAAUAAGAUUUUAUUAUUCACUAGAGGAAAAGAUCACAGCAAGAGCUUCAAUCCAUUUGCAAGGUGGAAUGACAAGGAUGGUUUGUGGUGGUACCUACUGGUCCUCCAUGUGACUCGUGGUUUAAUGCAAGAACACAAGCGGAGCAUUGCAUUGCAUAACAGACUUUUAAAGUUCACCCAUACUUUCUCAAACCAAGUCAAAACAGUGCCAAUCAAAUUAGUGUUUCCUGAAUCCUUGGCUUUUGAUCCGGUAAAGUUUGGAGCUGCAGUGGCUAAGCUUUGUCCAAACCCACAAGGUGUAGUCAUUGCAGGGGAUACACAACAAUUGCACUAUUUGAAGACCUCAUUGAUGAUGUGUUGGAUAUAUUUUUCAGUGUCAAAUGUUGAUGAGAUUCAUUUAGUUCAAUUUGAUAAGGAUUCGAAAGACUAUAGAAUAGAUCACAUGUUUAAUAUGUUUCAGAUAAUGAAAACAUUUGCACCCUCUAUAAAUUUUAAGACAAGGUCAUUUGGAAAAGGAACUCAUUUUACAUAAUUAAAUGUUGUGCUAGACUUUUAUAACAGAAAUGAUAUAUUCCCCUACUAAAGAUAUUGAGAAUAGGAUUACUAAUUUAUAUUUACAAAGACACUGGUCAUAGAAGGGCACCAAAAACCUACCAGAUCAAUUGAAAAUUUAUGUGCGAGUUUCAUCACUCAGUCAGAUGUUACCUGAAAUGUUUCAGAGUGUGUAGGUCUGUCUAAGCAUGUGUGUGUUUGUGUGUGUGUGUGUGUGUGUGUGUGUGUGUGUGUGUGUGUGUGUGU